AUGUCGAUCUCUGAAAGCUAUUUUCCAACCGAGCCAAAAGGACCAGAAGUCAAAACGGCCAUUCCAGGUCCUAAGUCAAACGCAAAGCUUGCAGAGCUAGCCAGUGUCUACGACACCAAGGCGGCAUACUUUGUCACCGAUUACUACAACUCCUUGGGUAACUACAUCUGCGAUGCCGACGGAAACAAGCUUUUGGAUUCGUACUGUCAAAUCUCCUCGAUCGCAUUGGGCUACAACAAUCCAGCACUUUUGAAAAUGGCCCACUCGGCUGAGAUGGCUGUUGCUCUAUGCAAUAGACCAGCAUUGGCAUGCUUCCCUUCCACUGAUUACUACGAUAUCUUGAAGGAAGGUCUACUUUCCGUUGCUCCAAAGGGAUUGGACAAGGUCUGUACCGCACACACCGGUUCUGACGCCAACGAAAUGGCAUUCAAGGCAGCACUGAUGUACCAGGCAAACAAGAAGAGAGGUGGAAAGCCGUUCACACAAGAGGAACUGAUCUCUGUCAUGGAGAACCAAUUGCCAGGUACUUCCGACAUGGUGAUUCUUUCGUUUGAAAAAGCUUUCCACGGCAGAUUGUUUGGUUCGUUGUCUACUACCAGAUCGAAGGCCAUCCAUAAAUUGGACAUCCCCGCCUUUGACUGGCCAAAGGCCCCUUUCCCAACUUUGAAGUAUCCUUUGGAGAAAUACGAGGCCGAAAACAAGGCAGAAGAGGAGAGAUGUUUGCAAGAACUUGACGCAAUCAUUACCAACUACCCAAGCAAGAUUGCUGCUGCCAUCGUAGAACCAGUCCAGUCCGAAGGUGGCGACAACCACGCUUCUCCAGCCUUCUUCCAAGGUAUCAGAGCUAUCACUAAAAAACACGACGUUCUUAUGAUCAUUGAUGAGGUCCAAACCGGUGGUGGUGGUUCUGGUAAGAUGUGGUUACAUGAACAUUAUGAUGUUACCCCUGACAUCAUGACCUUCUCAAAGAAAAUGCAAAACGCUGGUUUCUUUUUCAGUGAAGAAGGUUUAGCCGGUGAUCAGCCUUUCAGACAAUUCAACACGUGGUGUGGUGAUCCUUCAAAGGCUUUGAUUGCUAAAGCGAUUAUCGGGCAGAUUAAGGAGAAAGAUUUAUUAAAGAACGCUGCCGAAACAGGUGACUACCUCUAUUCUAAACUUGCUUUGAUUGGCGAAAAGAACUCUAAGUUGCUCAAUUUGAGAGGCAAGGGAAGAGGCUUUUUUAUUGCUUUUGACCUUCCAACUGCAGCAGAACGAAACCAACUUUUGGGUGAAUGCAAAAAACUUGUUUUUGGUAAAAAACAUGCUGAUAUACUAGCUGACAUUGUCGGCAAGGCUUUUGAAAAGCUUUAG